CCCCUCCUUCCCUUCUCUCCCCUCACCUGUCAACCCCACUUCUCUCAUUCUUUCCUAGCCAUGGCCUCAAACACCAUGGCAGGCCUUGUUGCAGGUUCCCAUACCCGAAAUGAGAUGCAUGUUUUGCAUGGCGAGCAACGGCCUCCCACCCGCCAGUCUGUACCCAAACUAUGUCGUGUUUGUGGCGAUGAGAUCGGAGUUAAAGCGGAUGGUGAGUUGUUUGUAGCCUGCCAUGAGUGUGGGUUCCCAGUUUGCAAGCCUUGUUAUGAGUAUGAAAGGAGUGAAGGAAACCAGUGCUGUCCCCAGUGUAACACUCGCUAUAAGCGUCACAAAGGUUGCGCUAGAGUUGCAGGAGAUGAUGAAGGCAGCUUGGAUGGAGAUGAUUUCAAUGAUGAAUUUCAGAUUAAGAACACGCGAGAUCAGCAGAAUGUCUUUGCUCCUUCGGAAAAUGGAGACUAUAAUCCGCAGCAAUGGCAUGCAAAUGGCCAAGCCUUCUCUGCAGCAGGGAGUGUUGCUGGAAAGGAUUUUGAAGGUGAGAAAGAUAUUUACAACAAUGAUGAAUGGAAAGACAGGGUAGAGAAAUGGAAAACCAGGCAAGAAAAGAAAGGUUUAAUUAGCAAAGAUGGAGGAAAUGAUCCAGGCGAUGAUGAUGACUUCCUUCUGGCUGAGGCCCGGCAACCAUUGUGGAGAAAAGUCCCAAUCGCAUCAAGCAAAAUCAGCCCAUAUCGCAUAGUCAUCGUCCUCCGUCUAGUCAUUCUUGCUUUCUUCUUCCGUUUCCGCAUCUUAACCCCAGCUUAUGAUGCUUUUCCCUUGUGGCUCAUCUCUGUCAUUUGUGAGAUCUGGUUCGCUUUCUCUUGGAUACUUGACCAGUUCCCCAAAUGGCAACCCAUCAACCGUGAAACCUACCUGGAACGCCUGUCAAUGAGGUUUGAGCGUGAGGGUGAGCCCAACCGUCUCUCCCCAGUUGAUGUCUUUGUAAGUACUGUGGACCCUCUUAAGGAACCACCAAUCAUAACUGCAAACACAGUUCUAUCCAUCUUGUCCCUUGAUUAUCCGGUCGAGAAGGUGAGUUGUUAUGUAUCGGAUGAUGGCGCAUCCAUGCUUCUUUUCGAUUCUCUAGCAGAAACUGCUGAGUUUGCAAGGAGAUGGGUGCCAUUCUGCAAGAAGCAUAGCAUUGAGCCCAGGGCUCCUGAGUUCUACUUCUCUCAGAAAAUUGACUACUUGAAAGAUAAAGUGGACCCCAGCUUUGUGAAGGAGCGCAGAGCCAUGAAAAGAGAGUAUGAAGAGUUCAAAGUGAGGAUUAACGCAUUGGUAGCAAAGGCUCAAAAGAAACCAGAAGAAGGAUGGACCAUGCAGGAUGGCACCCCAUGGCCUGGAAACAUCACUCGCGAUCAUCCCGGGAUGAUUCAGGUUUACCUUGGUAGUGAAGGUGCACUUGAUGUAGAAGGUAAGGAGCUGCCACGGCUCGUGUAUGUUUCUCGUGAGAAACGACCUGGCUAUCAGCACCACAAGAAAGCUGGUGCCAUGAAUGCUCUGAUUCGAGUCUCUGCAGUGCUUACCAAUGCACCCUUUAUGUUGAAUUUGGAUUGUGAUCACUACAUCAACAACAGCAAGGCUGCAAGAGAAGCCAUGUGCUUUCUGAUGGAUCCACAGCUUGGGAAGAAGCUCUGUUAUGUCCAGUUCCCACAGAGGUUCGAUGGUAUUGAUCUCCACGAUCGAUAUGCUAACCGAAAUGUUGUAUUCUUUGAUAUCAACAUGAAAGGCCUAGAUGGGAUUCAAGGGCCGGUGUAUGUUGGUACUGGAUGUGUCUUCAACCGGCAGGCAUUGUAUGGCUAUGAUCCACCAGUGUCCGAGAAAAGACCCAAGAUGACAUGUGACUGCUGGCCUUCAUGGUGCUGCUGCUGUUGUGGUGGUUCAAGGAAGUCAAAGUCGAAGAAGAAAGUUGAAAGAGGUUUGCUUGGAGGAGUGUAUAGCAAGAAGAAGAAAAUGAUGGGGAAGAACUACUCCAGGAAAGGAUCUGGACCAGUCUUUGAUCUUGAAGAGAUUGAAGAAGGCCUUGAAGGCUAUGAUGAGUUGGAGAAAUCAUCCCUUAUGUCACAGAAAAACUUUGAGAAACGGUUUGGACAGUCUCCAGUUUUCAUUACUUCCACUCUCAUGGAAGAUGGUGGCCUUCCUGAAGGGACUAAUAGCACAGCUCUUAUCAAAGAAGCCAUCCAUGUUAUCAGUUGCGGCUAUGAAGAAAAAACCGAAUGGGGCAAAGAGAUUGGAUGGAUUUAUGGUUCAGUUACAGAAGACAUUUUGACAGGAUUCAAGAUGCAUUGUAGAGGGUGGAAGUCAGUGUAUUGUAUGCCAAAGAGAGCGGCUUUCAAGGGAUCUGCUCCUAUAAAUCUAUCAGACCGGUUGCACCAAGUUUUGAGAUGGGCUCUUGGAUCUGUUGAAAUUUUCCUUAGUCGUCACUGUCCUCUAUGGUAUGGUUAUGGAGGAAAGUUGAAAUGGCUGGAGAGGCUUGCUUACAUUAACACCAUUGUUUAUCCCUUCACUUCCAUUCCCUUGCUUGCCUACUGUACCAUUCCUGCAGUCUGUCUUCUCACAGGAAAAUUCAUCAUCCCAACUCUGACAAACUUUGCUAGCGUAUGGUUUAUGGCUCUUUUCCUCUCCAUCAUAGUAACAGGUGUGCUUGAGCUCCGAUGGAGUGGUGUUAGCAUCCAGGACUGGUGGCGCAAUGAACAAUUCUGGGUGAUUGGUGGUGUCUCAGCUCACCUUUUCGCCGUUUUCCAGGGCCUCCUCAAGGUUCUUGCUGGAGUUGAUACCAACUUCACUGUAACAUCAAAAGCAGCAGAUGAUGCUGAGUUUGGAGACCUCUACCUCUUCAAAUGGACUACCCUUCUCAUCCCACCAACCACUCUUAUAAUCCUGAAUAUGGUUGGAGUUGUAGCUGGAGUUUCAGAUGCCAUCAACAAUGGUUAUGGUUCAUGGGGACCUUUAUUUGGGAAACUAUUUUUUGCCUUCUGGGUCAUUGUCCAUCUCUAUCCAUUCCUCAAGGGUUUGAUGGGAAGGCAAAACAGAACUCCUACCAUUGUAGUCCUUUGGUCCAUCCUUCUCGCUUCGAUUUUCUCACUGGUUUGGGUUCGAAUUGAUCCUUUCCUGCCUAAACAAACAGGCCCAGUUCUUAAACAAUGUGGUGUCGAAUGCUAGCCAUGCAUUUGAGGUCCUUGGCUUCCCUUUUUACAGUUCUCUUUCUCAGAUUCUACCACAUUUUUCAGUUGCUUCUUUGAAUGAUUUUCAAGAUUUCUAAGAGAGUGAUUUGUGUAUACAAUCAUUAAGAGGAAUUUUGUUGGUAAUGUGCAUACUCUGAGCCCAUGGCAUAUGUACACUUCACAAAUACUGUAAUGAAAAUAUUGAAAUCAGAGUCUCCACCUGAACAACAUUGUGUGCA